CGGGCUGGCCAGGACCAGCUCCGCCAGCUCUGCCCGCUCGUGGCGCUAUCAGGAGAUCUCCGGCCCAAGACCUAGGGACAAUGCACUAUGGCCCUCCUGAGCAGUGAGGGGCCCUUUUCCCGGGCCCGCCGCAGUCACGCCCCGCAGCCGGCCACCCAGGGUCCGCCGGCAUCGCCCCCUCGCCGAGCCCCGGCCUGAGCCGCUGGACUUGCCCACGCCCGGUGCGCCCUCAUGGGUCUCUGCUACAGCCUGCGGCCGCUGCUCUUCGGGGGCUCGGGGGACGCCCCCUGCGCCGCCUCGGACCCGCGGGAGGACAAUGCGCGGCCCCAAGCAGACUCGGCCCUGGCCCCCCCAGUGCGGUCAGCCGGCCUCCAGACCCCAGCGUGCGGGCGGCCCCCUGCAGACCCGCAGACCGGGCGGCGGCGGCCGGAGCAGCUGCGCGCAGAGGAGAGGGAGGCGGCCAGGGAGGCGAGGAAAGUGAGCCGAGGCAUCGACCGCAUGCUGCGCGAGCAGAAGCGAGACCUGCAGCUGACGCACCGGCUCCUGCUGCUGGGGGCUGGAGAGUCUGGAAAAAGCACAAUCGUCAAACAAAUGAGAAUCCUGCACGUCAACGGAUUCAACCCCGAGGAAAAGAAGCAGAAAAUUCUGGACAUCAGGAAAAAUGUUAAAGAUGCUAUUGUGACAAUUGUCUCGGCAAUGAGUACUAUAAUACCCCCAGUUCCACUGGCCAACCCUGAGAACCAGUUUCGAUCAGAUUAUAUCAAGAGCAUAGCCCCUAUCACUGACUUUGAAUAUUCCCAGGAGUUCUUUGAUCAUGUGAAGAAGCUCUGGGACGAUGAGGGGGUGAAGGCAUGCUUUGAGAGAUCCAACGAGUACCAGCUCAUCGACUGUGCUCAAUACUUCCUGGAAAGGAUUGACAGUGUCAGUCUGGUUGACUACACACCCACAGACCAGGACCUCCUCAGGUGCAGAGUAUUAACAUCAGGAAUUUUUGAGACACGAUUCCAAGUGGACAAAGUGAACUUUCACAUGUUUGAUGUUGGCGGCCAGAGGGACGAGAGAAGAAAAUGGAUCCAGUGCUUUAAUGAUGUCACUGCCAUCAUUUACGUGGCAGCCUGCAGCAGCUACAACAUGGUGAUCCGGGAAGAUAACAACACCAACAGACUGAGAGAAUCGCUGGACCUGUUCGAAAGCAUCUGGAACAACAGGUGGUUACGAACCAUUUCUAUCAUCUUGUUCUUGAACAAACAGGAUAUGCUGGCAGAAAAAGUCCUAGCAGGGAAAUCAAAGAUUGAAGACUAUUUCCCAGAGUAUGCAAAUUAUACUGUUCCUGAAGAUGCAACACCAGAUGCUGGAGAAGAUCCCAAAGUUACAAGAGCCAAGUUCUUUAUCCGAGAUCUGUUUUUGAGGAUCAGCACGGCCACCGGCGAUGGCAAACACUACUGCUACCCUCACUUCACCUGUGCUGUGGACACGGAGAACAUCCGCAGAGUGUUCAACGACUGUCGUGACAUCAUCCAGAGGAUGCACCUCAAGCAGUACGAACUCUUGUGAGGGCCACCCACCCCUCCUCCUCUCUGCCGCCUUUCCUCCCUCUUGGCCACCUCAGAAGGCAGUGCAUCUCCCCCAGCCUGCGUGUCCGUCCACCUAAGCCAUGGUAGGGUAUAGUGAGUGAGUGUCUAGGGUCAUCAGGCUGCCAUCUGUCCUGUCCUGGUUAUGCCUAUGUGUGACCACCAAGCCUCUGGCUACCUCUGUCCCCCAAGGUUUGGUUCUGUAGCUUUUGUUUCCACUGGAUACAACAGCCUCCCACCACCAAUUUGUAUCACUGCAAAGCCACCAACUCUCUCCCUUGAGUGACACUGCAGUGAAAUCUCUCUGGGUGGGGACUCAUUUAUUCUUGGAUUGAUUGGUUGAUAGACUGACUCAUCAAAGACAGCUUGGUAAAUGGGGGAAAUAUAUUGUUUUCAAGUUAUCACGCAUGAUCGCAAAAUUGUACGCACAGUGCUAUGCACUACUCUUUUUGGUUUUCCCUUUAUGAAAUUGCAGGUUAACAGGUGGCUUCCCCUUCUGAUCUGCACUGUCCCAAGACUUAGAGUAGACCCCAAGCCAGCAACAGAGCAAGAUAAACCAUUUUCAGUCAUAUUUGUGGUGGCUACAAGCCUCAAGCAUUUAGAUGAGAGUGCUUCUUGGGGCCUUUUACAUUCAGGCAGAAAACCUGCCGUGUUCAUACUGCAAAGUGUCCCGUCUGUAAACGGUCCUCUACUGGUCCUCUACGCCUUCCUGACAGCUGGGCAUAGUCUUUCAUAGCUUCUUCUUGUUGUUGGUUUAUUAGACUGUACAGACCACAAAAUGUAAUUUUCUUUUGUAUCACUCCUAAAGAAAACUCCUUGAGUUCUGUGCCUUGGUGAUGGUCACACCCGUAAGGAAUUGUGUUCCAGCAGCGCUGAGAUAUCCACAUGGCCUGCUGCUUACUCCAAAGUGGGGAAUCAGUGGUGUCUCUGUUCAACUUUGGAUAUUUUUAUUGGGUUGGUCCUUCUGGAAUAUGCACUGAUUUUAGAAUUACCCACUUUACCAGCAGUGUCACCCUGACAUCACAAAUUCUGCAACCCACCUGCUCUGAACCUCAGCUGCAAACUCUGGAAUGACCCAAUUCCAAGGCACAAAUUAUAAUUUAUUCUCCUUUCAAGAACUGAGGAUCUGAUUUUCCUCCCAGGGGCGGGGAUGAUGACUCCUUCAGAUUUGCUAGGAAGGAGCAGCCCAAUCAUCCCAUAGUCAAGGUUCUGCACACAGGAAAACAAAUGGCAAGAGAAAAACCAAGUGUCAAUGUUGUGUCUGACUGAGGACAGUAAGGAUGGCAUCUUUUUAGAUGAAAUACUGUAAAACCUAUCUAUCCAUCUAUCUAUCUAUCUAUCUAUCUAUCUAUCUAUCUAUCUAUCUAUCAUCUAUCUAUCUAUCCUCUUUCUAUCUGUAGUGCUAGGGAUGAACACAGGACCUAAUGCAUAUUAGGCAAGUACUCUACUGCUAAGCCAUAUCCCCAGCCAUCUCUCCAGCCCUACAAAACCUUUAUUUUAAAUGUAAAGACAAAAAAAAAUGGCUGUUUCUCACAAAUGCAUGAUCUGCAAAUGCAGCCUUCUGUUACAGUUCAGCAGAACA